UCACCCAUGCUUCCCCUCACAGGUCUGCAAAUGAAAAGCCCUGAAAAAAAACGGCGCAAAUCCAACACUCAGGGCCCUGCCUAUUCCCAUCUCUCGGAGUUCGCCCCGCCCCCGACUCCAAUGGUCGACCACUUGGUGGCCUCCAACCCCUUUGAAGAUGACUUUGGGGCGCCUAAAGUGGGGGCCUCGUCGGCUCCGUUCCUCGGCAACCCGGUGCCCUUUGGGAACUUCCGCAUGCAGGGGGGCAUGACAUCCCAGGUGCCACCGGGCUACGGGGGGGGCCCCCAGGCCAUGCGGAGGCAGCCCCCGCCCUUCGCCCCGAGCCAGAUGGGCCCAGCCUUCAGCAUGCCCCCCCAGAACCCCAACUACGUGCAGCCUGGUGCCAUGAGCUUCCCCAGCCAGCCCUUCAACCAGCCUCUCGGACAGAACUUCAGCCCCCCCGCAGGGCAGCUCAUGCAGGGGCCAGUUGGGGGCUUUGGGCCCAUGAUCUCCCCCACCAUGGGGCAGCCUCCCCGGGCAGACAUGGCACCAGGGCCUGCCCUGAAUCCCCCUGCCGGGCCCCCCAUGGCCCAGAGGUUCAGCCAGCCCGCCAAUCUCUUUGGACAGUCUUCAAUGCAGCGGCCCAGCCAGAACCUGCCCCCAAACACCAGCCCCUUCCCUGGGGCUGACCCCGGCUUCCCGGCUGGAGGAGAUGACGGGGGAAAGAACCUCAACCCCCCUCCCAGCACCUUCAGCCAGGAGCCGCACUCAGGCUCACCGGCCGCGGUGAACGGGGCCCAGCCAAGCUUCGCCCCCAGCAGCGCCAGCCGGAGCAGCAGCACCCCCGAAGCUAACAGCCUCCCGCCCUCCAGCAAGGCGUCUGGCAACUCUGGGCACCAGCCACCGCCGGGCCUGGUGUACCCUUGCGGGGCCUGCCGCAGCGAGGUGAACGACGACCAGGACGCCAUCCUGUGCGAGGCCUCCUGCCAGAAGUGGUUCCACCGGGAGUGCACGGGCAUGACGGAGAAUGCCUACGGGCUGCUCACCACCGAGGCCUCGGCCGUCUGGGCCUGUGACUACUGCCUGAAGACCAAGGAGAUCCAGUCGGUGUACAUCCGGGAGGGCAUGGGGCAGCUGGUGGCGGCCAAUGACGGCUGAGCGGGCGCUGGGCCCGGCUAGGGAGAGGCCGUGCUGCCCUCCCCUCGUACAGAUCCCUGCUUGGUUUUCGGGCCAAUCCCCCCCCUUAUUUUGUAGCCACCCCUCUCCCUGCGUGCAAGAGACGAUGUCGAGUGCUGGCGUCUGGCUUCGGUAAUGUUUCCUCUCUGUUCUUGCUCAUCUGCGUGGCUGGGCCUGGUGCAGCUCGUGCCCUUUUAAAAUACUCGGAGUGUCCAUGGGAGGGAGAGGAGAGACCAGUUCCUGCCCCCACAUACUCCCGUGCCUGCCAGCCCAGAGUGUGAAGUCCGGAUCGGGGCUCUGAGGUCUCUGUUCCUGGCCGAGCUGAGCAGCCAGUGGUAGCAGAAUCUCUGUCUGGGGGCAGAGUAAGUGACUGUCUCACAGAGAGCCCUGGGGCCGGCGGCGUCCUGCAAAUGCGGAUGCUCGGAGCAGUCUCUACUGGAUAGAAGUGGGGCAGAGCUGGCGAGGGCUGUGUCCUGGUGAUGGGGGAGCUGUGGUGUGACCCCUAGAGCUGGGAGUUGAGCCCAGAGCAGCGUUACAGAUCUUCUCCCCCACCCCCGGCUGCAGCCAGGGCUGGGAACAGCCAGGGCUCCGUCUCCUGGCAGGGGCCUGUAGUGGAACCAGCACGCUGAGCCCUUUGCACUUGAUGGGUGUGUGUGUGUCUGUCCCACCCCUGAGCCGCCACUUCCCAAGCAGCACUCGGCUCUGUGCUGUUGCCGGAGGGGAGGGCAGUGGGUCUGCACCAUGAUUG